UACCGAAAUGUAAAAACUGUAAUUUAUUCCUCAAGCUCCAAGACACUACUGAACUAAGCACUACAGGAAAACAAACAUAGUGCACUAAUGAAGGAAAAGAUGUGAUGAAACAUAGACAGCCCUCUGCUUUUUUUUUUAAGAGUCUCCUUUAUUUGGAUAAUUACGGUAAAAGGCUACUGACUCACAAAGCCCCAGCAUGUGUAGCCCCCUGCUUUUCUAUUUCAUUUCACAGAAUCCUGCAAGAUGGCAGCAGUUUCGGGAUCAGCUAACUGCAAUUUAGAAGAAGAAUUAAACUGUUCGAUUUGUCUCAGCAUUUACACAGACCCUGUUACAUUAGACUGUGGCCACAAUUUCUGUCAGAAGUGCUUAGAAAAUCUGUUGGAAAUUCAGACUGAGACCAAUGGAGAUUGCUUCUCUUGUCCAGAGUGCCGAGCUCAGUUUACACAGAAGCCAGUGCUUCAAAGGAACCUGAAACUCUCCAACAUUGUGAUGUGUUAUGCAGCCUCACAACCUCCUGCAAGAGCUGAACCUGAGCCUUGUGACUUCUGCCUUGAAACCACACUUCCAGCAGCAAAGAAGUGUGUGGAAUGUGAGGCCUUCUUGUGCCAGGGCCACGCUAAGAAGCAUCUGGAGAAGCCAGCAUUCAGGGACCACACCUUGCUAGAUCCAUCUGCUUCUUUGGAAGAUAGGAGAUGUCUCGUUCACCAGGAGGUAAUAAAGUACUACUGCCACACUGACCACACCUGCACCUGUGUGAGCUGCUGUGUGAUUGGACCGCACAAGAACCAUGAGGUGAGGACACUGCAAGAAGCACAUACUGAAAAGGAAGCUUUCUUGCAGGACAAGAGGCAAAAGUUGUGUCUGGAUGAGAAAAGCACAGAGAAGGCUGUGCAGGACACAGAAGCCAACCAGUUUGAGGUGAAGGAAAAAGCAUUUGAACUAAGGAGCAAGCUUGCCACUGUAAGCGCUGAAAUGAGGCUGCUGGUGGAGGUGUUCGAGAAGGACACACUGGAGAUGGUGAACUCUGAAGAGGGCACUGUCCUGGCAGAUAUCACAGCCCAGCGUGCAGCACUGGCUGAACACAAACAAGAGCUUUCCCAGGAGAUGGAGAAAAUUGACCAGCUGUGCCAAGAAAGUGAUGAUCUACAGUUCAUAAAGGAGUUUGAGCGGCUGCAGGUACAGUUCCACUGUAAAAGCAAGGUGAAGCUGUCACGGAGAAUGAUUGAUGUGGACAAAGUCUUGAGACAGAUUCAUCAGAAGACACAGGAGCUUGCAGGUAGCCUUGAUAGCCUGCUAUGCAAACAUCAGCUUGUGCAGCAGGUUGUCAAAGUUCCAUCUGUCCCCAGUAUGGAUAAGAUUCAGCUUCGCACAGAGAAUUCACCCUCGAAACAGAAGCUGCUGUUGCCUAGCACCAUGGACUCUUGUCCUUUUGGUUCCCAGUUAUAUUCUGUGCCUCCUAUCAAGAUUCCUAGCAUGCAGCAGUUCAAAGUGAAGGAUUAUCGAAAAAAAUACUACAGGGACUUUGCCUGCCAACACAAGUUGCCAGCCAGUGGUGUAACUAAAGUUGUCAGUAGUGUAAAUAGUUAUAAGAAAAAAAGUACCUAUAAUCCCCUUUUAAACUCCACUAUAUCUGUAUUUGGCAAGCUUUGUGAUUAUGAUUUUAGGAAAUUAGACAAGCAGACACAUCAUUAUGACGCUAAUCUAACUGAGUCAGAGUCACAAGCAUUAAAUUUAGUGGCUAAUAAGAAGGAGUGGCGAGUAAUGAAGGCUGAUAAGGGGGGUACUGUGGUAAUUAUAAACACAAGUGAUUAUGUCAACAGUAUGAGAGAGUUACUAGGUGACUCUAGUAGUUAUAGGUUGGUUUCAAGUGAAUUUAUCACACAAAGUUUUCAACAGGUAGACCUUUCACUACUUGAUCUUUUUACUCAAGGCAACAUUGAUAGGGAAACUUUUGACUUUUUGUAUGUUGAAUAUCCUAAAUUGGCCACUUUAUUUGGCAUUCCUAAAUUGCAUAAGCAAGGUGAAAAAAUACCUUUUCGACCAAUAGUAGCAGCAGGUUAUUCCAAGACUGAAACUAUUUCUAUUUGGUUGGACAAAUACUUGAAUCCAGUUGUCCAGAGUACAAUAUCUUUUCUCAGAGAUUCAUGGCAUUUACUAGAACUGCUUAGUCAGUUAAAAUUAGAUGGCAAGCGUAUUUAUUUGGCAUCCUUAAACGUAAUGUCUCUUAUAUACAAAAAACAUUACACAGAAUUUUUACUGAUAUUUCAGGAUAAACUAAAAGCUGCUCUGACCAGUUUAGAAUUGAAGGCAGAAGAACUCCGAAAGCAGCAGAACAAGAAGGAGCAAACGGCUUCAAACAUUCUAGAAAGUACUGCAAACCUAGAACUGCACAUCUCAUCAGAGUUUGCCAGACUGCACCAGUUCCUCCAGGAAAGGGAACAGCAGCUAAUACAGCAGCUGAGGCAGGAUAUUGACAGUGUACUGAAGAAGACAGAGGAAGCUGUGGUGCACAUUAAAGAGCAGAAUGACUUACUUCAAGAGAAAAUUUCCAGGAUUCUGUCCCAGAUGGAAAGCCAGGACCCUCUGCUUAUCUUACUGGGAGCCAAGGAAAUUGAAGAAAUGCCUUUCAGAAAAGAGGAAGAUGAAGAUGAAUUUGAUGAGUGUGGAAUUGAGAACUUCCUUGGCGUUUAUAAAGGACCUAUACAAUUCAGUGCUUGGAAGUCGAUGAGCUCUGUUGUCCAACCAGGUGUGUCAGCUCUAACGCUGGACCCCGUGACAGCUCACCCAGAGAUUUAUCUCGCAGAAGAUCUAAGCAGUGCAUUCCAUGGGGAUAAAAGACAACAGCUCCCCGACAGCCUCACCAGGUUUGACCAAUGCGCUUGUGUGCUGGGGUGUGAGGGUUUCACAGCCGGAAUUCACUAUUGGGAGGUGGAGGUGGGUGGUAAAACAAAGUGGGACUUGGGUGUGACCCGUGAGACUGCCAGAAGAAAGGGAUUCAUUACACGAGUGCCAGAAGAAGGAUAUUGGGUUCUUUGCCUGCGGAACGGAGACCGGUACAUGGCUAUGGAGUCCAUACCCGAGGUUCUUAGUCUUCAUACAAAACCCCGAAGGAUUGGAAUGUACCUGGACUAUGAAGGAGGACAGCUGUCAUUCUAUAAUGCCAGCAACAUGUCGCACAUUUACACGUUCACAGACACCUUUACAGAAACUCUGUACCCUUAUUUCAGCCCUUGUUUUAAUGACGGAGGAAAGAAUGCAGAGCCCUUAAGACUGUUGCGACUAAUGCUGUAAACAAAUUAAUAUGGUGAUAUGAAUGUGUUUCACAGGCAGAUCAUGUUCAGUUAGAGGGUUUCUUUUUACAAGAUCAGUUUGGGAACUGUCAUGAUGUGUACAUAUACUUUCUGCCUGUCAGACUGGCUAGAUUUUACUUCUUAAUUUACAACAGCCACUGACUGUUAAUAACUCUUUAUAGAAAAGCAAGAAUCUUGUGACAUAACUAGUUAACUUAUCUAUGCAUUUAUACCACAUUAAGACUGGUAAUGAAUAGCACUAGUGCAAGUUGUGCCGUUUGUUUACAUAUAAAAAAAGAGGUUUAAGUUUCAUUAAAAUGUUUGCUGCACACAAGACAUGUUUUACUGCAUAGGCCAUUUUGUAAGAAGUCUGAGGUGUGAAAUAUGAUCUGACAAGACUGCGACAGGGAGAAAAGGCAAUCAUUGUGAUCACACUGUCUAAGAAUGGUAAGCAUGCAGUUAUGAGGGCAUGAUUCACUUCAUUUAAAAAAGUCUCAGAAGCUAAAUUAAGUGAAAUGGCAAGGGCAAAUGGGGGAAAAAAUGAAGAAAUGAAUCCAUUUCUUAGAAGGCUGUCAAAGCGAUAAACCAACACUGUUCCUUGGUCAGUAAGGAACCGAUGCACAAAAUCACACAAAAUAAAUUCUAAUAACCCCACAGCAAUAUAAAACUGGCCUUAUUAAAUUAAGUUGUCUCAGUAAAAAUAUUAUUCAACCGAAAGGGUUUGAAUAGCAAGUUUCACAGUAUGUAAGCACUUGUUAAAUAAUAAUGUGUUUUCAAAGACAUCAGGUGUGUGUUAGUCACACACACUUCUGUCUGCAGUUUUUGAUUUCCGUGACAUGCUCCAGUAGGCUUGCCUUAAAUUUUGUCUUAGAUUCCACAGUGUAAAACAUGCCACAGGGCAUGGCAGAGUACAGACAACUGCCUCUCUAAUGCAGGAAGGAAAAAAAAAAAACGGUAACAUGCGUAGUAGUUUAUGAUGUGAAAAGACCAUAUGUCAGGCAUUACAAAAUUCAGAGGGGGCCAGUAACUCUGAUAUGAAUUUAACCAACUGGACAUGUUGUCUGCUAUUAUGCAUUGGCUAAUGUCCUAAAUGUUUCCCGUUUUGUUAAAGAAUGGGGGGGGUUGCAUUUGGGCAUUGGUUUAGAACGUGCUGAAACAAAUCGUGAAAGCAGCGUUACACAGGACAUUAGUAUUUUGAAAUAAAAUUACUCUGUUCCUUACGUACCCCGUGUCUGAUAGUUUCAGAAACAAUAAUUUUGUUAUAAAUACAACAUUCUACAAUAAUUCAUCUUUACUUUUAUGAACAAGCUUGUAAUCGAAUGACAGUCUCUUUGUUGCAGCCUCUACAAUAAAACGUUUUUGGGAGUAUUACAAGCCAUUCUAAGAAAGUCUUCUUUCAGGCUUUGCGUACUCGUACAAAUUUACCCUGGAGAGGGGAGACUAAAAGUGAAGAGGAUGGAAACCACAACCAUGUAAGAACUGAUUUGUAGCCAUUAGGUUUCCAAAAAAGGCUAAACUGAGUUUGGUUACUCUCACGGCCAAAUCAUUUAAUAUCUAAAAAAAGUAAUAGAAUUGUUCUGCACAUUAGCAACACACAACAGACCAAGCCCGUUUUAAAUUAAGGGGCAGUAAACUGGUUGUCCAACAUCUCCUCUUGCACAAGUCAAAUCGUCUCUGUAACAUUAAUAAUGGGGUGACACUCUCCUCCUAACAUUGUAGUAUGAAUAUUACUUUAUCUCAUAUAACCCCACUGAUGAGUUUGCAUAACAUGGUACAAAAAACUCUCAUUGUCUCUGUUAUAUUUAUAAAGAACAUAUUAAAAAGGAAAGGAGAACCUAAUACAGGCAAGAUCAAUAGUGAAAUAUAGGUGAAUUCUCAUGAAGUAUUUUAAAACUUCACUACUGUUCAGAUAGACAGUAGACACAUCAAUUGUAAUAAAAUCAAAACUGUCAUUCCAUAUUAUCUGAGAGUCCAGUUUCACCACAUAAUUCUUGGUUUAUAACUACCUUUAUUGUGUAGCCACACUCCACAUCGCAAUACUGUAGGUACUGCAGGAGGGGAUACCAAUACCUUAUAUUUUGGGAAGAAAAUAGAAUGUUGGGAUGCAGGGGUGGUUCUCUGUUUUUUUGACGUCAGUGUCAUCAUGCAAGUGUCAUGAGUGAACAUUUCUUUCAGUAAAUUAUUAAAUACUGCCAGUGCCUCAAAAUAAUCUUUUUGUUGUAGCAUUUCAAGAUGCAUGACUGUAACAUAUGUAAAUUGUAAUUAAAGUAGUAUUUCUACUUUUGCUCACAGGAUUAAUAAGACAUCUGUUUAUUUUUCCACUUCAUUCAACAGUUUAGUUAAAUUGAAAUUUGUAAGAGCGGAACAAUCCUUAGUGAUAUUACUUUGAAAUUGGGGAAUAAAUGAACAGUGCUGGCAGUCAGUAUCCAAAAGACAAUUAGCGUUUACGAGUCUAAAUAGCAUGAAAAAAGAGCAACUAAUUCCAGACAGCGCUUAUCAAAUUCCUGUUACACAGAAGUAAAACCGUAAUGGUAGAAUAACACAGUUGUCAUCUUCUAACAAAUGUAAAGAGUUUAGUUUUAAAGGGGCACAGGUGUCAUUUUGUAAUGACAGCAGUAUGUUGGACUGCUACACCUUCAAGGAUACUACACACAAGAGCGUGUACACAGACAACAGAGUACCCUUAUUUAUGCCAUUUGUUUUAGUAAUGGAAGGUGCAGAGCCCCUAAGACUGUUUGGAUUGAACAUAUAAACAAAUGGGACUUGGUAAUGUGAAUGUACUACAGAAAGCUCUUCUGGUUUAAUGUGUUUCAUAUUAUGAGUUGCUGUUAGAAAAUUUAGUUUUGAUAACAAAAAAUAUUUUAGUUUUAUAACAUUGCAAUAAUGUGUAACUUUUAAUUGGCGAGAGUUUUCUUGCUUCCACUGUUGUGGACACUAUAGUGUAGCAAAUACAUUUUGACUUUUCCACCUGAAUUGUGUAGCAGUUACUUUCAUAAUUCUUAAUAAAGUGGUAAGAAACA